UAGAGCAGUAAAAGGUCUCGUUUGAUUUUGUUUUGUUAUCAUUUAUCAAAAUUAUUUGUAUUUUGAUUAAAAUUAGGUUGUGUUGUUUCAACCUGUUACAAGAUUUGUUAUAAUUUAUGAAAUAAAAGUAAGUUGCAGCAAAACAAAAUAAAAUGGGGGAUGAAGAAAAUACCAAGGAAUAUCGAUGGGAAACUGGAUAUGAAAAAACUUGGGAAGCUAUAAAGGAAGACGAUGAGGGGCUUAUCGACAGCAACGUUUUGAAAAUUAUUCAAAAAGCAAAAAAAAGACGGCAGGAACAGAGAUCUGCUCAAAAUAGGUUAGGUAUGAUGCGGCAUUUAUUCUUAAUAUUGGAUUGUUCAGAAUACAUGAGCGAGCAAGAUUUGAAGCCUACAAGAUUUUUAUGUUCUCUCAAACUUCUCGAAAUAUUUAUUGAAGAGUUCUUUGAUCAAAACCCAAUUAGCCAAUUGGGACUUAUAGCUUUAAAAGGUAAGAGAGCAGAAAAAAUUACUGAACUAGGAGGAAAUGCAAAAAAACACGUUCAAAUUGUUCAAGGUCUUUCGAAGCUCAAUUUAAGUGGGGAACCUUCUAUUCAAAACGGCGUUGAUUUGGCAAUCAAAACCUUAAAAGUAAUACCAGCACACGCAAGUCGAGAAAUUUUAAUUAUUAUGGGAAGUAUUACAACUUGCGAUCCAGUUGAUAUUAAUUUAACUAUUGACACCCUAAAAAACGAAGGCAUCAGAUGUUCAGUAAUAAGUUUGUCUGCAGAAAUCCGAGCUUGUCGCUAUUUAACAAAAGAGACAAAUGGGACAUAUGGGGCAGCUUUAGAUGAUUUUCACUAUCGUAAUCUAUUAUUGGCUCACGUCGACCCACCUCCAGCAACGCAAACACAAGAGAAUUCCUUAAUUAAGAUGGGAUUUCCUCAUGCCAAGUGUGAUGAAGGAAAAGAUCCACCACUAACUAUGUGUAUGUGUCAUAUAGAAAAUGUAGAUGAACCUAGUAAACUUAAUUCGGGCGGUUAUCAUUGUCCGCAAUGUUUUAGUAAAUAUUGUGAAUUACCUGUCGAAUGUCUUUCAUGUGGAUUAACGCUUGUUUCUGCUCCACAUUUGACAAGGUCUUAUCAUCAUUUGUUUCCGGUAAAUAACUUCAAGGAAGUGGAAUUUGUAGGUCAAGCUCUUGUUUGCUUUGCUUGUCAAAAAACAUUCUCUAAAGCUACUGAUAAACAGAUUUAUCAAUGCGAAAACUGCAUGCAGCUCUAUUGUUCUGAAUGUGAUAUAUUUAUUCACGAGUCAUUGCAUACAUGUGUAGGAUGUACGACCCUACCUGGUGUUGGCAAUAUAAAUUUUUAUAUAAAAAACAUUCACACAAAUUCAAACAGAUUUAAAAAGUAAAUUAGUAAAAGAAAACAUUUACCGAAAUAAAAAACGUAAAAUCUAUUUUAAUUACUAAAAAAACUAGUUUUAUUAAGAAUAAAAAAUACUUUUAUUUCAUUUUAACCGUGCGAAUUACAUGAAAAGCUUUAUGUUAUUAAAAUUAGUUGAAAACAAACUCAAGAAGCUCGUUGAAAAUGAUUGUACACAUUUUAAUGAAUAUUUAUUAUUAGUGAUUUUUAAAAUACAAAUACAAAUAAGAUUUUUAAUACUA